AUGGAUUCAGGAACAUACUUCUCACUCAUACAAUAUUUAACAGAUUUUAAUAUGCCAAAAUAUCUCACCAAAGAACAACAACAAAUGAUAAAACGAAAAUCUCAAUACUUUAUUUUAAUUAAUGGACAAUUAUAUAAGAAAAAUAGAAUCGACCCACAAAGGCCAUACAAAGUU